GGUAAGUGCCGCGAACGGUGGGAACGGGAUCAGCCGAACGGGGCCGGGAUGGGACCCAUCAGGGUCAGAGUGAACCGGGCAGGUUGGGACCCUAAAGGGUCAGACCCGGCCGGGCAGGAUGGGAUCUUGGUGCUGAGGAGGGGCCGCGCCAGCAGAGGGGACGCUGACGGCUGGGGACACUGCCAUGGCCAACCUGACAGCCGUGAGCACCGCGAGAAACUCGUGCACCUACCACGAGGAGUUCAAGCAGGUCCUGCUGCCCCUGGUGUACUCGGUGGUGUUCGUGGUGGGGCUGCCCUUGAACGCCGUGGUCAUCGGGCAGAUCUGGCUGGCGCGGAAGGCGCUGAGCCGCACCACCAUCUACAUGCUCAACCUGGCCGUGGCUGACCUGCUCUACGUCUGCUCCCUGCCUCUCCUCAUCUACAACUACACCCAGAAGGACUACUGGCCCUUCGGGGACUUCACCUGCAAGUUCGUGCGCUUCCAGUUCUACACCAACCUGCACAGCAGCAUCUUCUUCCUCACCUGCAUCAGCAUCCAGCGCUACCUGGGCAUCUGCCACCCCUUGGCCUCGUGGCACAAGAAGAAGGGCAAGAAGCUGACGUGGCUGGUGUGCGCGGCCGUGUGGUUCAUCGUCAUCGCCCAGUGCCUGCCCACCUUCGUCUUCGCCUCCACCGGCACGCAGAGGAACCGCACCGUGUGCUACGACCUGAGCGCGCCCGACCGCUCCGCCGCCUACUUCCCCUACGGCAUCACCCUCACCUUCACCGGCUUCCUGCUGCCCUUCGUGGCCAUCCUGGCCUGCUACUGCAGCAUGGCCCGCAUCCUGUGCCAGAAGGACGAGCUGAUCGGCCUGGCCGUGCACAAGAGGAAGGACAAAGCUGUGCGCAUGGUCAUCAUCGUGGUCAUCGUCUUCUCCAUCAGCUUCCUGCCCUUCCACCUCACCAAGACCAUCUACCUGAUCGUCCGCUCCUCGCCCGUGCUGCCCUGCCCGGCGCUGCAGGCCUUCGCCAUCGCCUACAAGUGCACGCGGCCCUUCGCCAGCAUGAACAGCGUCCUCGACCCCAUCCUCUUCUACUUCACCCAGCGCAAGUUCCGCGAGAGCACCCGCUACCUCCUCGACAAGGUGAGCUCCAAGUGGCGGCACGACCACUGUGUCACCUAUGGCUCCUAGGCGAGGAUGAGGCCACCUCGGUGCCACCGAGGCACGGAGCGAUUUCGGCUCCAAGCUCCACAGAGCGGAGGUCGGCUCACCAGGGACAUGCUGGAGGAGAGGAAGAUGGCAUCUCCCGAGCUUUCAGCACUUUCGGCCCAUCUCCAGCCUGCAGCGGUGCAGUAUUAUCCCCAUCACAGCUCCAGAGUCCUCUCCCUGGCUCCAUCGCUCUCUUGGAGCAGCUCAGCACCUUGGUGGUCAAGCCACCAAUGCAAUAAAAAUCCACUGGGACCGUGGAAAACAAGAUGGGACCGUGGAGGACACAUCCCUGGCUCAGGAUGAGCUGCUGGGGGAUGAUUUGUCCCCGUUCCCAGUUAAAAAUUCACUGAUGGGGCCAGCGUGCAAAGGCUGGGGAGGGUUUGGUUCAUUCCGUGGGGCCGUGUGUUCGUCCAGCUCAAGAUCAGUGUCACGGGUGGUUUUUGUGGAACACUGGGACAUCCCUAUCCCCCAGUGCCCAGAAUGAGGACAAUACCACACUCACUGGUAUUGCUGGUGCUACAAAAUGGCGGAGGAGCACCCCAGACGGACUGGGAACAGGGAAAGGGGACAUCAGGGCAACCGGAACACCCAUGCUGGAUUUCCCACUGAAGCCACGCCCAUGGGCUGGGUUAGGCACAAGCCUGCAGCGUUGUCACCUGCCUGGGGACCUUAUUUGAGUCCAGCUCCCUGCUUAGCCCAGCACCCCAAAUCUGGCCAACGCUGGUGUCAGUGGUGCCCUGCUGUCACCUCCUAACCAGGACCCACCACAAUCAGAGCCAGCACACAUGGACACGAUGCCCAGAGUUGGAAGAUGCACGUCACACACUCAGUGUCCUGGCCACGUCACCGCACAUCCCACAGCUGGCUUGGCCUCUCCACGGGGUUGAGCUUUGCUCCCCAGCCUCUGUUGGGAUGCUGCUCCCUCUCAGCCAGGAGGGCUUUUCCAGGUGGAUGCACCACUCAUCGCUCUGCAAGUCUUCUUUAACGUAUAGGAUGUAUAGAAUUGACUCCCUGCUCUUUCUCAGAUGGGUGUAUACACCCACCGUAUGUACAGACAUAGAACGUGUCUGAGCAGAGGGAGCUCUGUGGCCCAGCAUAUGCUCUGCAGUGCAGAAAUUCUCUGCCUGAACACAAUAUAUGUAUCCAUACAGUGUAUAUAUAAAAAUAUAUAUAUGUGGAUAACUG